ACCAGGAGCCAUUUUGGCUAUGUAUUGGGAGACUGGUGUCCCUAGUGGUGGGUUUGAGUAAGGGAUUCUCCUUCGAAUCUUUGUGCUCCCGUAGCCAUUCCCUGUUGGUAACGUUAGUGGUUUGGUAGCGUGUUCCCUUUGUCUGCGACCAGGCAACUGCAUGAUCAGCCUGAAUGUAGGGACUAGAACGGGUCGUCUUCUUGAGCCAUCUGUUUACAGGCUGUUGCAUCAAGAGAAGAAAUCAAGGAUGGUUUUAGUGCAUGUUGGAUAUCUGGUUCUUCCCGUUUUUGGCUCAGUAAGAAAUAGAGGAUCCCAUUUUAACAGGCAUCAGCAGAGCCAUGCUACCUCUUGCCGGCAUUUCCACUUAGGCCCGCAGGCUCAGAUUCCCCUUGAUUUCCCCAUGCCCCAUCCAGGACAAUCUCAACCAGGCCUGGCCCCCCACCUGGCCCCAGGUCCCCACCAGCAGUCCCCCCAGCUACAUCAGCCUCUGAACCCCAUCCCCCCGCCCCCACCUCCCCAGUUCCAAGACAUCCAAGGACCCCCCUUCCUACCUCAGGCCUUACACCAGCAAUACCUCAUCCAGCAGCAGCUUCUGGAGGCCCAGCACCGACGGAUCCUCCCACACACCAGGCACACCCAGGAGAGAGCACCCCACCCCCCCCAGCCUCUGCGGACAGGGUACGACUACACCCCACCAUUGCACGUCCCACAGCCAAUGACCCAGCAGCCUCGCUACCUGGCCGAGGGAACAGACUGGGACCUGAGUGUGGACACGAGCCUGUCCCCCCAUCAGUACCACAUCCCCCCGCUGCCCCAGCCCUACCAGCACUAUCUCACCUCCCCACGGCUGCACCACUUCCCCAGGAACACCUCCUCUGCCCAAGUAGUCGUUCAUGAGAUCAGAAACUACCCGUAUCCACAGCUUCACCUGCUGGCGCUGCAGAGCCUGAACCCCUCACGGCACGCCUCCGCUGUGCGGGAGAGCUAUGAGGUGGAUGUGUUUCAUCAGGAGCUCCUGCAGUUAGAGGACAGACUGGGCAGUGUAAACAGAGGAGCUGUUCAGACCACUAUCGAGAGGUUUACAUUUCCUCACAAAUACAAAAAGAGAAGACCACAGGAGCUGAAACUAGGAAUGGGUGACGAAGAGUUGGACACAGAUGAAAAAUGCACAAUAUGUCUGUCGAUGCUGGAGGAUGGAGAAGAUGUCAGGAGAUUACCCUGCAUGCAUCUCUUUCACCAGGCCUGUGUGGACCAGUGGCUGGUCACCAGUAAAAAGUGCCCUAUCUGCAGGGUGGACAUUGAGACCCAGCUGACGCCUGACAGCUGAUGUCUCGUGUAGCUUUCUGUCUGACGGCCCUGCCCCCCCCCCCUCUGUUCUUUCUCCCUCUCUGGGUGCUUUGCCAAAACCCUCACCAUCCACAUCACCUCCAAUCUUGCCUUCUGAGCCAGCCGAAGACCAUUGGUGGGGAAAAACACAGACCUGAAUAACGUGUCUGUCAGAAACCAUUAGUUGAAGAAAACAAAUGUAAAAGAAAGGAUGGAUAGCAUGGAAAGAAGGAAGAAUCUAUCUGCAUGACGUAACAGUCAGAUAUAGGGAUCUCAGUCAAGUUGCCGAAGGAUUUGUGUUCCAUUUAGUCGUACAGAGAUUAAUGUGUCAUUGGUCAAAAUGUCCCAGCAUGCAUCUGUAGUGUUGACAGAUUUGUACAGUGCAUAUACCUCCCAAUUUUCCCAGGCUGUUCCUUUCAAAAGAGAACCAAAAGCUGUAGCUCUCUGUCUGUCUCUCUCUCUCUCUCUCUCUGUCUCUCUCUCUCUCUUGCACUCUAUAUCUCUUUUUUUUAAAUGUUAACUGUUAAACCAACAUGACACAUUUGCAAUGCUGCUGUUAUUUUGGAAUCUAGAAAUAGAUGAUAAUUUCUACAGUGUUGCAUUUGCUUAUGGUAAAUGGGAGUAGAACCUAAUUAUUUCUAAUUUGAUGUAGAUGUACAGUACUUUGUGGUCACACCAUACCAUGGAAAGGAUAUGAGCAGAAGGAAACUAGAUAACAUUCUGGAUAUAGACGGUGAUUUUGACAUAAUUUCAUUUUGAUUUUACCGAUUCUUUUUCCUCGACUGGGGAGGUGAUGGAUUCAUGUAAUGGUGUCCAUGGUGACCACACACACAGAGCUGAGGCGAGCCAAUCUUGUGUGCUUGUGAAAACCGAAACAUGAGGGGAAAAAAAAAAAAGAGUCCAAACGCAUGCAUAGUAGUGGGUCAGGGCUUUUUGUGUUGUGAAUGUGAAAGGAAGGUGGGUCUUAGUGGUUGCAUCAGAAAGGUUUGAAGAUCCUCCUUCCAAAAAGAAUAGAAAAAAAAACAACAAAAAAAACAACAAAACAAAAAUAAGCAAAAAGCAUAAUGAAAUGAUAACAUUACAUCACUGUUUCUGGGUGGGUGACGGCAUACAUAAUGGAGGAAUGCGUCCUUGUUUGUAGUGUGAACAAACCAUGAGUGUUAAAUCCCCUUUUGUGAUCUACCAUACCUUGUUGCCUAGAGGACAAGCACAUGUGAUUUUAACAUAGCAACAACCUACUUCACCUGUAUUCGUUAGCACUGUCAGUGUCUGGUAUUGCUUGAACCUUUGUAUAGACCAUUAGCAGUGGAAACAGGUCCGAUCUGUAUUGUGCAUGACAGUUGUGCGUGCCGUUCUUGAAGUAGAUUUACAGUUAAAAAAAAAAAGGGAAAAAAAAGCCAUUUGUUUGAUAAAAACCAAACAUGUCUUUCUAAGCUAUUUUUGGUUCUUACACUUUUGUUUGUAUGUUUGUUGUGAUUAUUUUUUGUUGUCUUUCUUUAAUCAUAGUUUCUUUGUUUCUUUUCCUGAUCAUUUUUGAUUAUGCCAACAUGGACACGAGACAGGUUUUAAAAUGUCUUAUGUCCAUUUUCAUCUUUUGUAUGACAUAGCUGCAAUGCUGGAAUAAUAUUUAUUGUUGUCUUAAUGUAGCUAGCUAUUGUUUUGUAAAUGCACUAUAAUAUGGGGUUGCCUAAUGUGACUGUGAGGGUUUUUCUUGUCCCUGCUGAUUUCACUCCCUCCCUCUCUUUUCUCUCUCUCUGUUUCUCUCUCUCUCUCUCUCUCUCUCUCUCUCUCUCUCUCUCUCUCUCUCUGAGCAGUGGUAGAAAUAACGUGCUUGAUGUGCUGCACAGCUGCAGGUUGCUUGGUCCUGAAACAAUGCGAAGUCGUAUUUAUCCUUGGCUUAAAAUUAACAAAGAUGAAUUAAUGUCAUCUGCCCAUUCACAUUUGUAUCCACCUCUUAUUAUAACUAUUUAUCAGCAUGUCUUCGUAACGUUAAAUAAAAACAACCUUUUUAUCAUUGUGCACUCUAGUGGAAGGGCCAUAUGCUGGCCCCCAGAAAACCCCAGCUCUCAGACUAUGGUGUUGAAUUGUAACUUUGUUUCGGUGGGCAGUCAGGAGGCAUUUUGCGUAGGAUGUGACUGUGAUGGCAUUCUUUGUUCUUAGUAAGCGUCCAGUGUUAUUGACCUGCUAGCCUUUCCUGUGUGUAUGAAGUGUUGUGUCUGAACGCCUCCCACUGCUCUCAUGUCAGCUGUAAGAGAAAAGGCUGCCGAGGCAUCCGCUUUGGAUCUCCAUGUUUUAAAAGGACAUAGUUUACACGGGACGUUGUGUGUUGAAAUGCCUUAAGUAUUUAACAAUCAUAAUUUAUUACUAACUAUAGACAUGAUGGGUGCAUUUUUUAGUUUUGUGUUUUAACCUGAUUAUUUAUUUAUUUAGACAUAGUAACACAUGUAAAAAUACCUCAUUAUGCAUAUCUUAAAUGGGAGUGCUUUGCAUGCAGUUGUAUUUUGAAGGCAUACAAAAUGGGUGUAUUGCCAUAUGUUUAUGUGUGGUGCUGUUGAUCUUGGUUACAUUCCAUUCAAUGCAACUUCUAAAAUUUCCUCUGCCAUGAGGUAGUUGUGGACAAACUGCAAAAUGGACUGGAAGUGUUUUGCAUGUCUCCUGUUUUUGCACUGUCAGCAUGGCCAAUCGUCUCGCUGGUCCUGGCUUAACAAUCCUUUGCUUUUCUGUGUGAGGCUUUCGGUUUCUGGUUGUGUUUUUUUCCUUAGUUUUGUUUGUUUUGCUUGAUUUCUUACCAAAUUUGUGAAACUACAAAGGUCUAUCCUUAUCCUCUGAGGAAAUCUUUUUUUCUUUUGUGAUUGUCACAUAUCAGUGGGCCAUCCUGCCUGGCUUGCCAUUAACUUGCUACUGUAGCCUAAAUGCUUACACAGCUGCUUGUUGGAUGUCAUCGUGUCUCAUGUGGGAAGUGGUCUGUAGUAGGAGCUUUUACACUGAUGAGGAUUUUUAGAUGUACUACUAGCUGGGUGUUUCAUUGGAUAUGGUUGAGAGGCCAAAAAAUGCAUCCAUCACUAAGUUAUACCAUUUCAAGUAGGGUUGGUUUCUCCCGGUUUGAUCUUCCUAGUUCAUUAUUAGUCUCCCCCUCAGAGCUCUCUUCAUUCCUUAACAAAAGAGCAACUAGCCCUUGCAGCAGUACAAGGAUCUGAUACAAACCGUCUCAUGUUUUUGUCAACAAAAGUGCAAGUGAUCAUUUGUGAAAGAUUUUGUUUCUUUUUCUCCACCGAGAAUAUGAAUGAAAGCCCUUUGUGUAAAGAAAUGGCUUUGUUUGCUUAUUUUCUCCCCCAUACUUUUAGCAGUUCCAUCUAGGACAUUAUAUGGAAAUCAAAUUGAGGGAUUUAGCCCUUAAAGGAGUACCGUCACACCGGUGUGAUGGGAAUGUUGAGAAAUGAACGUUCUAAAGAAUAUCUGGAUUCAUUGAAUUCAACAUAGAAUUUUAGAACCUUCAAUUGUUGCGGAACUUAGAAUGUUCAAAAACCUACACCUUUAAGGGUUUAAAAAAACAGAAACUGCUGCCUCUGUCUUUUCUCGCUACUGUCAGCUUAGUCUUGUAACCGAGUAUUGUGGGAAAUUUGCUGUGAAUCUUGGGGCUGUUCAAGUGAAAAAGCUGCAUGUUGACACUAGAUAGUACCGCUCGCUAAUGUGGAGCUAAACUAGCACUUUUAACUAACUGCAAAAUUGUCCCCAUUGAUAUCGAUCCGAUAGCUGAACCGUGAGCUUGUGGUUAAUGCCGAUGAUAAGACACUCUAUCCAACUAUAGGCUAUGGUUUUCCAACAUGGUUGCCCCCAAGCGUGGAGACCAGAGUCCCAACACAGGGUUCUGGUUCCUAGGGUUUUUAUCACCCAUAGUAGCCUUACCAUCUCUUUUUCUCCCUGCCGUUGUUUCAGCGAUUAUUGGACAUGAGCAAUAGUGUUCUCAUCAUCCAUAAAGCAGAAUGAACAGUAGAUCUUAAAGCACAAGCUAAUGCAUGUUUCUCUCAGGAUUAAAUGUUCACAUGGGAAUGGAUCGAUAUGUUAAAUAUUAUACCAUUUAAUAUUUCUGAUGUUUUUCUGCUGCUGACAAAAAAGAAAAAGAAAAAAAUUGAAUAAUCUGCCAGUGGAAAGGGGCGUGGCUAUCUUUGUACAAGACACUGCUGUUUGCUGUAACUCCGCAAUGUUUUAUGAUCUGAAUAUUUUAUAGAUGAAGUAGAAUAUGUAUCAACAAUAUUGAAGCAAUAGCUAAAUGAUGAUCAUGUAUAAACUAGAUGAGUGUAUAUUACGUACAAAAAAAAAAAUAGAUUCACUUUUGGUGGAUUUUGUACUGUAUUUAUUACUAAUGAUGCAAAAAGUUGCAUAGCUUAACCCAAACUGUUCUUUCUAUUUUAAUUUCUUGUCUUGUACAUGAUCUUUUUGUAUGUGUUUUUCAAAUAAAUUGCUUAAAAAACUAA